AUGGGUUCCAUUUCCGCCCAUUGGUUAAACAUCCUCUGCACUGUUCCAAAAAGCGCUUCGGCUUUUCGAGUCUUUAUCAACUGUCCCGCUCUCCAAUCACCGUGUUAUGAAAAUUGUCUACCCACUCAAGCGUGCAAUGGUAACAGUUCAGUGAAUGAGCAAUGUUUACCUGAUAGAACUGCUGUAAAUUGCACAGAAUCGACCAAUGAAGAUGGCAGCAAAAUUACUAGUCUUUGGAUUGAUAAGCGAAGUACCCGACUUCAUGGAUCCUGGAUUUGUACUAGUCAAGGAAUUAAGAGCAUUGUCGUUAAUGUUGCGUCUCGUAUCUCAGCUCGUAAUAAACCAUGUAUAUUCGAGGCCUUAUUGGAGAAGAAAUAUGGUCCAAGUGUUGCCGAUUUUGCUUUCCAUAAUUCAGCAUUUGAAACUAAGCAGACUGUACUUUUCGAUACAAUUCUAUCACAAACGAUGCCCUCAACUAUAAAUAAUUUUCAUACAGGUGGAUUAGACGGGGAAUGUAUUCUUAUUAAUACAGAUUCCUCUUUUUCUAUAAUUACUUUUGUUCUUUUUUUGGAGAAAGUUCUGUCUUUUCGCUUCCCCGGUGUUUCACAAUCUCCAAUAAUCGAUACGGAUUCCAAGCAGAGCUCCAUCCCGUUCUAUUAUCAUCCAAACUUGCGUAUCCUCUUCCAUUCCAAAGACAUUCAAAAUCGAACAAUCGUCGCCGACAUUAAUGACGGUGCAAGACCUAUAUUCCCUUCCUAUUUUAAGCGAAUUUCUAGACCCAAGUAG